AUAAUAAUCGAUUCAACGAUUAAUUGUUUCAGCUCUAGAUAUCUUAAUGUGUGCUACAUGUUCUUGCCAUUUUCUCCCCAUCACCAAGGUGACACUAUAAGACUAUAAUCAGUUCAUCAUGGCACAGAGUGUGUGUAAUGUGUUUGAAAUCCUUUGUCCAGUUAGUGACACAAACUGACCAAACAGGGCAGCAGCUGACAGCUCCCGUGUCUCUGCAAGCUAAAAAUUGAUUUUUCUGCUUAUUUAUCUAUAGACUAUGGUGCAGAAGACUGAGCUGUUUACAAACUUACAUUUCUCAUCAAAAAAGGCGGUCCAAUGGGGGAGAAAGUGGGAAAUAUAUUCAUAAAACACGGUAGACUCAAGCCAGAUUUAUCAUUUCCACUUCCACCGCUCCAGAAAUCAAAAUGGAAAGCCCAAUAUUAUGGAUGCUUUCUGCAUUAAGCUUCGGAUUUGAUUUUUGGAGAGGUGAAAGCGGAGAUAGUUUCUAGCUUGAUUCAUCCCCAUUUUAGGGCAUUCAGCCAUUUAAUUUUUUUUUUUUUUUUAAUGUAGACAGCAUCCAUAAUGUUGGGUUUUCUGUUCUGAUUUUGGGAGAGCGGAGCAUGGGCAUGACUAGAAGUGUCCAUGAGAAAUUUGAUGAUGAUUGAUCGCUACUUUCAGUUAAGCUUUUUCACAUUAAGUGUUUUUAGAUUUCCCCCAGAUUUUGACUAGAUUCUGCUGGCUGAGACAUUUGUUAGGUGGCUAAAGGAAAGUCAGUGUCUCAGGCUGGUUCAUGGCAACAUCCGGUUUUGACAAUGUAUUAGAACGUCAUUCAUCCACACUACACCUAUAACAUGUACUAGCUCAUUAAUAGUUCGUUACAUCGCUUUAAUAUAGAUCUAAUUGUGCUUAAAAAUAAGUCAUUAUUAUACAACGACAUCGGAAAUCUCAUCCUCUGCCUGGAUGCUUUCUGUGUGGUCGUUACUUGGUGACCUCUCCUCUCCUCCCGGAGCUGCGCCUCGCCCCUCAGCGGCAGCAUGAGAUGAUGCUGCUGAGAUCACUUUAGGAAGGCGGUGCAGAGAGAGAAAUAGAGAGAGAGAGAGCUACGUGUUGCUGCGCAGCAACAGAGAGAGAGCGAGGAAUUCCCUCGCACAAACAAAAGCGACUGUCAGGGCGUGUAUCAGUCUUUACAGCUGAUACCUGUGGAUGAAUAACAUGUAAACCUCCCGCUGGAUGCAGGAUGUAAGAACCACCGCGCGUCAACAAGCCUUCGAAGAUAUUUUUUUCUUUUACAUUUCUCUCUUAAUUUCUGGAAACAAUGUCAUGUUUGACAUCUCGUAGGCGAGACUCACGUCUCCUCUGCUGAAGAUGUGAAGGAACAACCUGACAGACGCGCCUGUCUGGACUCCAGGGGAUGACUCUGCCUUUUAUCAUGAGACUCAACUGCCCCCAACCACGCAACACUAAAUUGGAAUAUGGCAUCAGCCAAGUUGAAACGCAGACUCUUCUUCUAGGAGGAUUCGUUGAGCUUUAAAACAUGACUGGUCAGCUGUUGGGGGAACUGGGCAGCGGGGCUCACAUGGACGACAACGCCGCCAUCCGCAUUAACGUAGGCGGCUUCAAAAAGCGUCUCCAGUCCGACACUCUCUCCCGGUUCCCUGAGACUAGACUUGCGCGUCUCCUCCACUGUCAGUCCAAAGAAUCCAUACUGGAGCUGUGCGACGACUACGACGACACGGAGAAAGAGUUUUACUUUGAUAGAAACCCAGCACUCUUCCCCUACGUGUUGAAUUUCUACAACACGGGGCGGCUGCACGUCAUGGCCGAGCUGUGCAUCUUCUCCUUUAGUCAGGAGAUCGAGUACUGGGGCAUCAACGAGUUCUUCAUCGACUCCUGCUGCAGCAGCGCGUACCACUGUAGGAAAAUGGAUCAGGACCGAAAGGACUGGGAAGACCGGAGUGAUGAAGGGAGCACCACUUCAUCGUUCGAUGAGCUUCUGGAGUUCUAUAACGACGCGACCAAGUUUGACAAACAGCCGCUCGGGAGCGCACGGAGGCGCAUCUGGUUAAUGCUGGACAACCCUGGCUACUCCGUGCCAAGCCGCAUCAUCAGCAUCCUCUCCAUCCUGGUGGUACUCGGCUCCAUCGCCACGAUGUGCAUGAACAGUAUGAGUGAGUUCAGCCUGUUGGACAGUGAGGGGCAGCCCACGGAGGAUCCCCGUUUCGAGACCGUGGAGCACUUUGGCAUCGGCUGGUUCACUUUGGAACUCGUUGCUCGGUUCGUGGUGGCGCCAGAUCUCAUGCACUUCUUCGAGCACCCAUUAAACAUUAUAGACUUGAUAUCCAUACUUCCAUUUUACUUGACACUCCUGAUUAACCUGGUGGUGGAGAGCAGCCCGGCGCUUGCCAAUCUGGGACGCGUUGCGCAGGUGCUGCGGCUAAUGAGGAUUUUCCGCAUCUUGAAGCUGGCGCGUCACUCCACGGGGCUGCGCUCCUUGGGGGCCACACUUAGGAACAGCUACAAAGAGGUGGGCCUGCUGCUUCUCUACCUGGCUGUCGGCGUUUCCUUUUUCAGUGUCAUGGCAUACACGGUGGAGAAAGAGGACAGCGAGGAUUUCUCCACCAUCCCGGCGUGCUGGUGGUGGGCCACGGUCAGCAUGACCACCGUAGGGUAUGGAGACGUGGUGCCAGCGUCCAUUGCGGGCAAACUGACCGCCUCGGCGUGCAUCCUAGCCGGGAUCUUGGUCGUUGUGCUUCCGAUUACGCUCAUUUUCAAUAAAUUCUCCCUCUUCUACAAGAAGCAGAAGCAGCUGGAGAUCGCAAUGAGAAGCUGUAAUUUCGACGAGGACAUAAAGCAGGUUCCUUCCAUUAACCUGAGAAACUAUUACGCGCACAAAGUCAAAUCCCUGAUGGCGAGCUUGUCAAACAUGAGUCGGAGUUCACCCAGCGAGCAGAGUCUGAAUGAGUCAAUACACUGAAGCACUUUGACGGGAGGACGCGCGUGCAUGUGGGUGGGGUGUCCGCGUUCACUCAGCAGCGGCUGCACAAGGAGCUGUCCACGGUGCUGAAAGAAAACCCACUUCCAUCCACCGGUGUCUGACCGUUUGCCUCUCUGUAGCUCAGUGCAAUAACGUGUUGAUCCAUGUGUCAGUGACGAAAAGAAAGUAUAAGCAAAUGUACAGCACAGCCUAAAUAUAUAAUAUCACACUGUGUGCUGUUAUUGUCCCUUCAAUAAUAGACCAAACGAAACGUGACAGCAUCAGAUUAUAAAAAGCCCGAGAAUGCUGUAGUCCUUUACCAUCCUAGAAGGUGUCACACUGUUGUCCAGCUUUACUUGUAUUCAAAUCUGUCUGAAAGUAACUCCGGAUGUACUGUAUGCUGUUGUUGUUUUUUGAAAGCGUGUCAACAUGUACAGUAAUUGUGGUGUUGCUACAAAAAAAACCUCCAGACGUGCAGUUAAAGUGUAUUAAACAAGAAAAAACACACAUAAUGUUCUUUCCGCGUCAUUGAAUGUGCAGAUCAGAGCAAGGGUCUUAGUGUCAUACCAUGUGAGAUCAUGUGUUUUAAGCCUGAAGGGGUGAAAGGGAUUUGUACCUGUGACUGACGCAGCGACUGAAACAGUUUGACAGGCAUAGUAACAACCAUUCAGAGGUGACAUCAUGUUUUUUUUCCCUCAGAUGAUUUUAUUCUCUGGCUGCAUCACCGUUUCAGAAGUGAAAACAAAUGUGUGUGUUUUUAAUCACCCUAUACACCACACUAAUAAACUGCCGGGUGUUUCACACAUAAUUGACAGUGACAGAUGUGUUUUCAACAACACUGUAGAUGCAUCAAACUUACUGUUACACUUUUUUUGGUGGAAUAAACUCAAACAGACAGAAUUUGAGGCCAGUGGUUACAAGUCUUACAGAGAAAACACAAUGCCCUUGUAUUUGUUCUGUUAUACCCGACUUAAAUCUGCCACUUUACAAGGGCUUUGUCUGUGGAGAAAAAUGGCAGUGACAGCCUGCAAAGGUCUCCCUUUUCCAUCAAGUCUCAAGGUGUCUGGAUAAAACAUGUUUUUUUUAAAAAAUUAACUGGGGCUGAGUGAAGUCAGUGCAAACCCUCUGCCUGCUGCUUUUUUCCCCCAACAGUAAACAGCUUUGUCACAGUAGCAGGAAUUCACCAGAGAGCACUAAUUUAGAGGCAUUGAUUUCACUUUAAAGAAUAAAAGAGCUGUUGAAACGAAUA